CUUGAAGUACAGUUUUAUUACAGGUACUGUGUCUUGAGGAGGACAAAGUGCUUUCUCCCUCUUUCUCUCUCCUGAAUUUUCAUGUUUCACUCUCUCUAUUUUGUCUUUGGAUGAUUCUGUGCUCGAUUCUAGACAUCUGUUCCCUUCUUUCUAAAUUUUGAACUCGCUUUCAUGUCUUAAACCCUAAACACCUUCAUUUUCCUCGGCAAAGCCAUGGAUUCUCUUAUACCAUUUCAAGACCUCAAUGACUUACCCGACCCAUCCGCCUGUAUGCCCAGCGGCAGCACCAACCCCAUCAAUGCCGGUGCUGGUGCGACUACUCCCACCGUUAUGUUGGUCCCGAAAUUGGAACCGAAGCUCGAGCCGUUGGAUGAGCCAUGUCUGAACCAUCAUCCCCAGGAACCCCAAGAAGUGGAGCGGACCAUGUUUUCGAAUCAUGCCUUGGACGGGCUCUCUCCGUCUCAGCGCAGUAAUUUCUGUGAUAAUAACCUCGCCUCCGUUGACAACCGAGGCGCAUCGACGGAACAGGACAACCUGUAUGCGGAGUUCUAUCGAUUUUCUGAGCAGUUUAGGACUAUGUUAGCUGAGAGGUUUAACGCCAAGGGAGAUGCCAAUGCUUUAGGUCCAGAUUCGCGGGCAAUUGUUCCAGUGCCACAGGAAAACCAGGUUCCUCCGGUGGUCGUUACUCCGCGGCGGAUCCCGCGAGUGAAGGAGCUGGUGAGGGUCAAUGAUCUUCGAAUUGAAGAUGACCGGUAUUUCCGCAACAUUACUAGAAGGACCAGGAUGAUUUACGAUUCGUUGCGUGUUUUGGCAGCGGUGGAGGAGGAGAAGAAAUUCGAUUUUUCUGGCGCUAAACGGAUGCGAGGUGAUUUGAGGGCUGCCUCGUUGAUGAGGGAUCGUGGAUUGUGGCUUAAUCGUGAUAAGCGGAUAGUGGGAGCGAUCCCAGGGAUUUACAUUGGCGAUUUGUUCUUUUUUAGGAUGGAACUCGUCGUGGUUGGGUUGCACGGUCAACCACAAGCUGGAAUUGACUAUCUUCCUUCUAGCCAGAGCACAAAUGGGGAGCCAAUAGCUACCAGUGUGAUAGUUUCUGGCGGAUACGAGGAUGACGAAGACGGUGGCGAUGUGAUAAUCUACACGGGUCAUGGAGGCCAAGCUAAGAAUCAUUCAAGGCAAGUUGUUCACCAGAAGUUAGAAGGAGGAAAUCGUGCCAUGGAAAGAAGCAUGCAUUAUGGAAUUGAAGUGCGUGUGAUUCGAGGGUUCAAAUAUGAUGGAAGCGUUUCCAGUAAAAUUUACGUUUAUGAUGGCUUGUAUAGAAUUGUUCAAUGCUGGUUUGAUGUGGGUAAAUCUGGAUUUGGGGUUUACAAGUAUAAACUUGUUAGAAUUGAGGGCCAACCUGAAAUGGGUAGUGCUAUUCUCAGACUUGCUCAGGCUCUUAGGACUCGUCCUUUGUCUGUCAAGCCAAUGGCUUAUCUCAGUCUUGAUAUUUCUAACCAAAAGGAGAAGGUUCCUGUUCGUCUUUUUAACGACAUAGAUAGGGAUCAUGAGCCUUUGCGUUAUGAAUAUCUUUCCCGGACUAAUUUUCCACCAUUUGUAUUUCAUCAAACUGGGAAUGCUACCGGUUGUGACUGCGUUGAUGGGUGUGCUGAUAACUGCUUUUGUGCUAUGAAAAACGGCGGCCAAUUCCCUUAUAAUCUAAAUGGGAUUCUUGUGAGAGGGAAGCCUGUAAUUUUUGAAUGUGGCCCUUUCUGUCGUUGUCCUCCACAUUGCCGAAAUCGGGUUACCCAGCAUGGGCCAAAAAAUAGAUUGGAAGUGUUUCGGUCAAGGGAAACAGGUUGGGGAGUGAGGUCAUUGGACCUUAUUCAUGCGGGUGCUUUUAUCUGUGAAUAUGCAGGGGUUGUUCUGACUAUGGAGCAAGCACAGAUUUUGUCAAUGAAUGGAGAUUCAUUGAUAUAUCCGAGUCGGUUUUCUAAUAGGCAAGCCUCAGAAUGGGGUGAUUUAUCUCAAAUAUACUCUGAUUAUGUGCGUCCAUCUUAUCCAUCAAUUCCACCUUUAGAUUUUGCGAUGGAUGUGUCCACAAUGAGGAAUCUUGCUUGCUAUAUGAGCCACAGUUCAAUACCUAAUGUGUCGGUUCAGUUUGUGCUGUAUGAUCACAAUAAUUUGAUGUUUCCUCACCUUAUGCUAUUUGCAUUGGAGAACAUCCCUCCAAUGAGGGAGCUCAGCCUUGAUUAUGGAGUGGCUGAUGAAUGGACUGGAAAGCUUUCUAUAUGUAACUGAGUGAUUUUGGAAGACUCAUACUCCUUAUAAAAUGUUGAAGCUGAAUUUUGGGCAUGAUACACUUGAGAAAUCCAAGAGGUUUCAGCUUCUUCAUUUUACCUGGGAGUGUUUGCCCUGAUGCUACAUGAACUCUUAUCAGGGAAUCAAAUGAUUGUCUUGCACUCUUAUAUAUGCUGUCUCUCACACUCGUUGGCGUGGUGCAUUUAUCUUCUGUAUGGUGGAAAAUAAAUAGGAAAUCAGGGUGCUCUGUCUGCUGAGCUCUUCUCUAAAUCAGUCCUCAAUUACUGAUGAUGUCAAUUGUGUAUCCUGUGCUGCUUGGCGAAUGGCGAAGCAUUUGCAGGUCUUGUCACUGCCAAGUGUGAGAAUGUAACUCAGCUGCAUCGACUUUUUUUGUGUAUAUAAUGGUACUUGUACAGCAAUGAUAUUCAUGAUUGGCUUUUGCUUGAAGUUUAAUUGCUUUCCUUAACGUUAGGGACGAGUGAAGAGAAUUACUGCUUUGUAAAACAGCAGAUUCUAUGAGAACUCCA